AUGGAUGAACUUGAAAGACCCGAUAAUCGAUUGAACAACCCGGAAGAUGGGCUUGAUCCAGCAGUCGUUAACCUACAGCCUAACGAGUUGCGCAAUGGAAGCGGUAGUCCGCCAAGCUCACCAUCUGUGGAAAAUCAUCGACUGAUUGGAGGGGCUUAUUCUCGCUCUGUUAGCGUAUCUACUGAUUAUAGUUCUGCCUUCGACUAUGAAUCUACAGCCAGCUUCUCACGAAGUCCUACUCCCGAACCAGUAGAAAAUCCUCUUGUGCCAGCUCCCGAACCAGGAGCUAAUAUUGAAGCGCCAGUUCCUGAACCAGGACCUAAUGUUGAAGUGCCAGUUCCUGAACCAGGACCUAAUGUUGAAGUGCCAGUUCCUGAACCAGGAGCUAAUGUUGAAGCGCUAGUUCCUGAAACAGGAGCUAAUGUUGAAGCGCCAGUUCCUGAACCAAGAGCUAAUCAUGAAGCGCCAGCUCCAAUGUUAGAAGAAAUUCCUCUCGAUCCAGCUCCUCUACCCGAAGAAAACCUUGAAGAACCUGAACGUUCGCCUUCCCGUUCUACUGUAGGAACAUCUCCAUCGGAUUCACCAUCUCCAACUCCAGAACGUAUAGUAUCACGUUCAAAUAGUCUGAGAGAUUCUUCAUCCCGUACCCCCUCGUCUUCACCUGAACGAGAAGUUCGUUAUCGUAUGCCUUCACCACGCGUUGCUGAAAACAGACGAGGUCCCCCACGUCGUCCUCUUCCUUAUGAUGAGAAUAAUCGGCCCCCAGUACGUCGUGUUCGUCGACGUGAACAAGUUUAUAAUUUUCCUCAACAGCAUUUUCCACCAGCCCAUCUUUUGCGCUACGGCGAAGCUCCAGUUAGCUUUAUGUUGCGAAUGGAGGGAUUAUCACGCAAAACAUUAAAAAGACAAGGUCUGCUUCAUCAAGGAUUUUCACCUCGACGUGCUCCACGUCUUCCUCGACCUCCACCACCUCCUCCACCUAAACCUUCAUUCAACAUUCGUCCAGUCCCCGUCCAACGUAACCGAGAUGUCGUAACCACUCCUAGAGAAUUGAAGAGAGAAGGUUUAAGAAAACUGUCUGUUACUCAAACUACUGAUGAUGUUCCUUCCAAAUCGAAAGAUCAAAUUUAUUUGGAAAAACUAGCCAAGAAGUUUGCGACACGAGCCAAUUAUAUGCCUCCAAAACACCCCACUUAUCAGAAAAUGGUUAUAACUACUCUCAAGGCCAUUGAUUGUAAGCGAGGAGCUACGAAAGAUGUGAUUAUGCGUUAUAUUCGAGCGAACUUCUAUAUGGGCAAUACAAACACCAAGAUUGAAACAUACUUGUGUGCUGCUAUCAAGUCGCUGGUACAGACCAAACGAAUCAUUCCUUCUAAAGCUAAAGGUUUUCGUGGCUGUUUUCGAUUAGCUUCUGCAAGAGUACUUAAGAGAAAAAUUCGCCCAAAAGCAAAAGUUGUUCGAAAAGCUGCAAAAGUGGUUGAAGUUCCUUUGAGUGAUCCACAAACGCCAAAGCGCUUACCAACUUAUGAGAAGAUGAUCAUCCAAACACUGAAAGGAUUGGAAAAAAGGGAAAACCCUGGUUGCGAUGUGAAAGGGUUUAUAAAGUACUUCCAAUGCUAUUAUCUUGCAAAUGCCAAUGCAAAUCGCAUGAAGCAAUACUGUCAAAAGGCUCUUAAUAAAUUGAUGGAUAACAGUUAUGUAUUGCACAAUACUGUCAACGAUACAUACAUGCUCACUACACAUGGCCGAGAAAAGUACAAGAAGGAAGCGUAUCUCGAAGUCCAUCUUUUUGCUAGUGAGCUUGUAAUUGACGGCCUAUCUCGUAUCCAUUAUCAAAUCAGCAGCGAAGUGGAGAGAGCUCGUAGUAGACUUCGUGAUUACAUAUGCAACAAACAGGCCCUGCGCGAACGCGCGGACGGACGUGUUCUUGAUGUCUAA